CCGGUGAAGGGGCGGGGCCCGGCCUGUGUGGGACGUGGUCCCGGUGAAGGGGCGGGGCUCAGUGUGGCUGACUCCCCUCCCCCUGUCGUUCUUCCCGGAGCGGCCUGUAGGAUGGCGAUGGCCGGGGCCCGGGUUCGGGUUCGGGUUCGGGUUCGGGUUGGAGUGUCUGCUCUCUGCCUUCCGUCGCUACUGAGGAAUGCCAGGCCCCUCCAGCCGAGUCCCUGGCCUGGGCUGACGGCCGUCAGGGCCCUGAGCGGCUCGGCCGAGAGGACGAUGCUGGAUCGGAUCAUCCGAGUGGAUCACGCCGGGGAGUACGGGGCUAACCGCAUCUAUGCCGGACAGAUGGCCGUGCUGGGCCGCAGCCCCGUGGGGCCUAUCAUUCAGCAAAUGUGGGAUCAAGAAAAGGAACAUCUGGAGAAAUUUAAUGAAUUGAUAGUUGAUCACAGAGUUCGGCCGACGCUUCUAAUGCCUUUCUGGAAUGUGGCAGGAUUCGUGUUGGGUGCUGGAACUGCUCUUUUCGGAAAAGAGGCUGCCAUGGCUUGUACAGUUGCAGUAGAAGAGAGUAUAUCACAACAUUACAACAAUCAGAUAAGGAUGCUAAUGGAAGAAGAUCCAGAAAGGCACAAAGAAUUACUUGAAAUUCUAAAGAAAUUCAGAGAUGAUGAAAUGGAACAUCAUGACACAGGAUUAGCACAUGACGCAGAAAUGGCACCUGCGUAUGCAUUAUUGAAGAAUGUUAUACAAGCUGGAUGCAAGGCUGCUAUCUACGCAUCUGAACGCAUUUAAAUAUUUUCUUUGUAAAAUCAAUCUGUUUUUGCAAUAGACUACUAAUAUACAGUAAAAUAGAUAAUGUUAUAACUUA